AUGCGAGCAUCUCGGCCGGUCAAGCAACCUGUGCUUAGACGAACAGGACCGAAAGCACAGUCUGUCUUGACCAUUCCAUCGGAGUUUAUUCAGUCUUCAGGCACAACAAAGCAGUGUUUCGCACAAAUGUAUGCAAGACAGAGGUUGGAAAGCCGGCUGGCCGAGCUAAGUCUAGGUAUUAGAGAUGACAUGAUGGAGGCCAAUCUCCAUACCUAUCUUGAGAUCUCUGCCCCUCUCUAUUCGGACGCCUAA